AGUUGAAGCGUUCAGAAAUUAUUUAAAUUUAGUUUCUCGUCGAUUUUCAAAACGUUCGCAUCGAAAAAAGUGCGAAGGAGCCUCUCCGCGUCGGUUUGACUGGGCCACGGCGAUUUGAAGCAGUGUGAAAGGGAUGGGAUGCUAUCUGUAUAAGUAUUUCGAGUGCUCGGCGAUCGGCGGUUAUAUUAAAGAUAUCCAACAGCAUAUAUGUGGAUAAAUAUGUGUAUACGUGUGGUGUGGUGUGCGCGCCUGUCUAAGUGAGUCAAGUGAACAAAAUCCAUUUGGAGAAUCCAUUGCGUGAAUUCAAUUGAAAUUAUUGUAAACAAAUAUUCUGUAAUCUGUGGAAAGCGAAAAAAGCUGGACUGCGCUGAGCAUUUGAGAUCCACGGAGGAGAUUUAUGGGAAGUGCGCUGCUAUUUAAGAAAAAGAACGUGUUCUAUUUUUAAAACACAGCUAAUUUUUGUGGUCGUAAAUUUUUGUAUUAAGUGAAUAUUCCAAAAUUAAAUCAAACAAAACGUGAGCGAAAACCCAGGGCCAAGUGUCCGCGCAAAGAAAGUCUACCAGGAUCGCCCUGGAUCUGCGCGAUGAGAGAUCUCUCCUAAAUAUAUGCAUAUAUGUUCCAUAUCCAUCGUGUAAUAAUUAUCAGCUGGUAAAUGCUACUAAAUAAUCGGAUGCAAAACGCACAUCGUCUGGGGCGAUUACGCAACGUAUGUAUCUAGAAUCUAGAAUCGUUUUUGGUGAAUGAAAAAUUCCGCACACCUUACGGACGGACACCGUCAUCUAUUGGUGGAGAAGGAGGAGUAGGAGCAGUUGCAUCAGAUGCUGCCUCCUUCCCGAACGUCCAGCCUCAAACCUUUCUAAAUGCGGAAAUAUUUUGUUUUCGUUGAAAUUUGCAGGAAAAGAAAAGCUGACAAGUUGUACAAGAACAGAUGCAUCAUCUGUAUCCAUCGCUGAAAGGCGAUCAGCUAUGCCCACUCGGCUUCCAUCCCCAGACUCGUUAUCCCACACGAUGUAAGCGUUGCUUUCGGGAUUACAAGGAGCAUGGAGCCCGUAGACCCGGCGAAGAAGUGGCCGCUUCAUCGCCAAAUCUCUCCGAUGGCCAGAGUUCGCGGCCUACUUCCCGAACAUGGACUUCGACGCAGAAUCUGAGCGUCAAUUCAAACAAUAGCAAUGAUAUAGUUGUUCACUUCAAUGUAGAGUUAAAGAAGCGUCCACAGUCCUGGGCUUCCACGCCGGACAUUGAUGAUCCGGCGCAGGAGUCCGCUCGCCGACCAUCGACAACGGUGAGCAGCCUUCGAGCAACCGAUGAUCAUAAUGUGGCUGUCACGGUCAAGCUGCCGGUGGCGCCGCGACGUCACACAACCGCCUUGGACAUCAAGGAGCAUUCUUUACAGAUGGAACAAGCGCUCACACCAUCAUCAACCCGUGUAACAUCCUCACCCAGUAAAACUUCAAGUAUUCCAGAUGAGUUAGUCAUCCUAUCGACAGACAGUCUAGCCGAGCGUGUCCGCAAAAUGAAUCUUCUCAAGAAGCAGCGCAGCCUGAACUCGCGGGAAAACAGUCGCGAACGAUCCGUACCCAGGAGAGAAGAGGACAGUGAUUCAGCGGCGGCAGCAGCUCCGACAGUUCCGGAUCGACCAGAGCGUAGCAAGUCCGGAAAUUCCUUGAACCAGAAUCCCCCCCAGGCGGAACUGAAACGCGCCUCGCUUCCGCCCAAAAAAGUGGCGGCCACACCAACAAUCACAGCCACAAAUAGCAGCAGUGGUGGUGUUACAAGCACCACAAAAGCCACAUCUGCAGUCUCCAGCGAGAUUAAGGCCUCUUCUUCCAGCUCCUCGACGAGCUCCAGUUCUACUCGUCGCAAGGAGGCGGAUGCAGUGCAGAGCAGCAAAGAAAUCAAAAGACAAACCGUACCCAGUGCAUCCACAUCUCACUCCACGAGCAGCAGUAACAGCACUACCACUAAGGAUUCGGUGGCACUGCAGGAGCAAAUGAAAACACUCCGAACCGAGCUGGAUACCAUGAAGACCCGCGCCGAACGAGCAGAAAGGGAUAAGAGCGACAUUCUACUGAGACGUCUUGCCUCCAUGGAUACGUCAUCGAACCGAACUGCAGCCUCGGAAGCCCUCAAUCUCCAGCAGAAGUUGAAUGACAUGAAGGAGCAGCUGGACCGUGUCACCGAGGACAAGCGAAAGCUGAAUCUUCGCAUGAAGGAGCUGGAGAACCGCGGAAGCGAGUCGGAGCUGAAACGGAAGCUGCAGGCGGCCGAGCAAAUCUGCGAGGAGUUGAUGGAGGAAAACCAGACGGCUAAAAAAGAGAUUCUCAAUCUCCAGGCAGAGAUGGACGAGGUGCAGGACACGUUUCGUGAUGAUGAGGUCAAGGCCAAGACAAACUUGCAAAAGGAGCUCGAAAAGGCCACCAAGAACUGUCGCAUUCUAAGCUUCAAGUUGAAAAAGAGCGAUCGAAAGAUCGAAACCCUGGAACAGGAGCGUCAAAGCUCCUUCAACGCCGAGCUAUCCACCAAGGUGAAGAAGCUGGAAGAGGAGCUGCGAUUCUCAAACGAACUUACAAGAAAGUUGCAGACGGAAGCCGAGGAGCUGCGCAAUCCGGGCAAGAAGAAGGCGCCCAUGCUAGGAGUGCUAGGCAAAUCCACAUCGGCGGAUGCCAAGAUCACUCGUGAGUCGCUUACACGCGGCGGUUCUCAAGAGGAUCCGCAGCAUCUGCAGCGGGAACUGCAGGACUCCAUUGAGCGGGAGACCGAUCUGAAGGACCAGCUAAAGUUCGCUGAAGAAGAGCUUCAGCGACUCAGGGCCAAACGGGUUCAGUUCAGCUGCGGCACACAGACCUCACCCGAGCUGCCCCUCGAGAUGAUUGCCUUUCCGCGUUCCACUCAGACGGUGGCCAUAGAGCAGUGUGAUGCCGUCACCAGUAUGGAGAUGUCCGGUGGCGGACUCGGACUCUCGGUUGAGGCUCACAGUCAAACCGAUUUCGAAUCGAUAGCGAGAAAUGCUUCGUGCGAACGGGAGACGACUCCGUCGCCAUUUGUGUCGCUCUUUGCACCCUCAACAUCCUCCAGAGUGGGGCACUCGCGUUCUCUGCUCUUCCCCAGUGCUAUUUCGCAUGUUCUUCUGAAUGGAACAGCUCGCAAGCUGAGUCCCACACCACAUCCCCAUCGACUGGCGCCCGAAGUGCAUGCGGAUCGGGAUGAAGGCAUCUCAGACGAGGAUGAUCCAGCCGAACUGCGUAUCCUGCUGGAGCUCAACGAGCAGGAGGCCUCAAUACUGCGUCUCAAAGUGGAGGAUCUGGAGAAGGAGAAUGCGGAGUCAAAGAAGUAUGUGCGCGAACUUCAGGCCAAACUGCGGCCGGAGGCUGCUUCUUCCAAUGGCAGCAAAUCCGCGCUUCUCAGUUUUGGCACCUCCUCCUCCAGUGCGGCCGAAAAGAAACUGAAAACCCUGAACGAAGAGUUGACGCAGCUGCGGAAGAGCCUCCAGGAAAAGGAACAGGCCGUGGACACUCUGAAGGAGCAGCUCAGCAAGCUGAACAAUCUUGAAACGGAGAACGAGAAACUGUCAAAGGAGAACAAGCGUUUACAGACCCUACGCAAGGCCAACGAGAAGACGGGCGAGGCGGAUCUGUCCAAGAUCAAGGAGACUCUAACGGUGGCCCAGCGGGAGAGGGAUGAGCUGACGGCCAGGGUGAAGCGGAUGCAGCUUGAGGCUGAUGCCAAGCUACCGGCCCGCACAGCCAAGCGGGUCAACGACCUUACCCCGAAGAGUCACCUUAAAAAGUGGGUGGAAGAGCUGGAGGAUGAGAUCAGCGAGAUGCGGGUGAUGCUCAGUUCGAGUGGAUCCGAUCAGGUCAAGGCCCUGGAAUCAGUCAAAGCAUCGCUCGAAGAGGAGCUGCAAAAGUGCAAGAAAAAGCUGACCCUGGCCGAGGGCGAUGUCCAGCGUCUGAAGCUACUGAAUGGCUCAAGCAGUAAGGUCACCGACCUGGAGCAGAAGCUGAAGCGCAGCGAUGAGGAUGGCAAGAAACUUAGCACCAAGCUCAAGGAGCUGGAGGAGAAGCUCAAGAAGCAGGACACUCAGCUGAAGCAGAGCGAGACGAACAAAUCCACCCUGGAGACCCAGAGCAAACGAGAGAAGGAGAAGCUGUCCAGCCUGGAGAGGGACCUCGAAAAGCAGGGCAAGGAAAAGGAGAAGCUAGAGUCCAAGAUCCUCCAGCUGGAUACGGAUCUUCUCACAGCCAAAAAGGCCGCGGAUAAGACUAAAUCCAGUCUGGAGAAGGAGAUCAAGGAUCUGAAGACCAAGGCCAGUAAAUCGGACAGCAAACAGGUGCAAGAACUCAAAAAGCAAGUGGAGGACAUCCAAACUUCGCUCAGCGCCGAGCAGAAGCGCAACGAGGACCUCAACACCCAUUGGGAGAAGCUCUCCGAAGAGACCAUCCUGAUGCGGGCACAGCUGACCACCGAGAAGCAGAAUCUCCAGGCCGAGCUCAAUGCCAGCAAGCAGAAAAUGUCCGAAAUGGAUACCAUACGCAUCGAGCGCACCGACAUGGCCCGCAAGUUGAACGAGGCCCAGAAGAAGAUCGCCGAACUGCAGGCUAAGACCCUUAAGACCGGCAACAACGGCGACCACGAGCGUACCAUGCUAAAGAACAAGUUGGCCGAAAAGGAGCACGAGUACGAGCGUCUGCGCAGGGAGAAUGAGAUGAACAUCGAUCUGGUAUUCCAACUCCGCAAGGACAACGAGGAUCUCAAUGGCAAACUGAGCGACUACAAUCGAAUCGAGCAGGCCCAGGUCUCGCUCAAUGGACACGGUGCCAGAAGAGAUGCAGAGAUCAGGGAGCUAAAGGAAAAAUUACAGAGCACCGAACUGCAGAUGAAAUCCGAGGUGGCGACCACUCGUCUUAGAUACGAGCAACAAGUGAAGAACCUCAGCGGAGAACUCAAUUCGAUGCAGCGCCAAUGUGAACGCUUCAAGAAGGAUCGCGAUGCCUUCAAGCAGAUGCUAGAGGUUGCACAGAAGAAGAUCGGUGAUCUAAAGGCCAACAAUACGGGUAGACAGAGCCGUGGAUCCAUGCACAGCAGCGACGAUGAUGACAAGAGCAAGAUUGCUUACCUAGAGCAGCAGAUUGGCCAUCUGGAGGAUCAGUUGGUGGAGUCCCGCCUGGAGGGUAGCAAGGUCAAGACGGAGCUGGUGUCCGAGCGCAGCGCCAACGAGAUCAAGAUAUCCGAGAUGCAGUCGAAGCUGAACGAGUUCGAAGAGGAACGUGUCAUUGGCUCUGGGAGCACAAAGCUGCCUGGCAUGAAGACCAAGCUGGAGUUGUCAUGGCAGAAGGAGCGGGAGGAUCAGCAACGUCUGUUGCAAGAGACCUCCACCCUGGCCCGGGAUCUGCGACAGACUCUGUUUGAGGUUGAACGCGAGCGGGACAAGGAGCGGCUGGAAUCCAAGCGUAAGUUAGAUCAGAUCAAGCGAGCCACCGAAGAGGAAAUGGAGGAGGGACGCAAGAAGAUUGCCGAGCUACAGUGCGAUCUACUCGAAUUACGUGAUGUCCAUGCCAAGCUGCGCACCUCCAAUGAAAAGCUAAGACGAGAACGCGAACGGUACGAGAAGGAACUGAUCAAGCGCCGCAUGGAGGCGGAUGGUGGUGAUCGCAAAGUGGGUGCCCUUUUGCAGACCGUCGACGAGCUGGUGAAGAUCGCUCCAGACCUGAAAAUGGCACGAGGCAGCUACGACAACACUCUGCGUCCAGAGCAGCCUAAUGUGCGCCGCAGUCGCAGUCCCUCGCCCACACUGAGCAGUACACAGAUCAGCACCGUCCUGGCCCGGUUGGCCGAGGCCUCCGAGGAGCUGCGUAAGUUCCAACGCCUGAACGAGGAUGAGCAGGAGCGCAGUCGCAUACGGCGCGGCAAUCUGCGACGUGCUGCCUCGCAAGAAAACGAUCACCAUGGCAGCAGCAGUUCCGUGGCCAGUGCGGCGGGCUCCCAGCGGGGCGGUGGUCGCUUGUCCCGUAAUUCAAGCAAUAAUGGCAGCCUCAUACGCAAAAGCCUGUCGCUGGACCACUCCAUACAAAGGGAUCAGAACAUUUGGCGCCAGGACGAUGGCAGUGUGUCCUCGAUGCAGUCCAUUGACUCUGAGCUGGGCGGUCUGGUGCGUGAUUCCAGCCUGGACUCACGCCUCGACUCGCGUCUGUCUGGGGGCUCAACACAAAGUGACAUACCACGAGGUCCACGAAAAAAGAAGAAGGGAAUCAUGGGCAAGCUACGCAGCCUGACCAAAAGCAGUCGCAAUUCCGAGAGUGAAAUAUCGAUUCAAGGAUCCGACUCUGACAUCAGCGUUGCCAGCGACAUGAGAUCCAGCAAGAAGGACCUGCGCGGCCGUCUCUCUGGAAUGUUCAAGCGCUCGGGAUCGAACUCCCGCAGCGAGAGCAUGGAACGGCCCAGCACCGAGCAGAGGCCUGUGGCCGUCACCGUCGUGGGACAUCCGGAUGGGCCCCAGCCCCGGGAGCCACCCCCAGCCAAUUCCCUUACACCCAGGCCCAUACGUUCGAUCCCGAAACCGCCCAGUGGCACCAGUCCAGCCACACCCAGACGACGCGUAGCAAAGUAGUCAUCAUCGAUUCGUAGGAUUCAUUCUAAUCAUAGCAAUAAAUGUUCGUUCAAGCCA